CUUUAGUUUAAACGGAAGUGAACAUUGACCAUGAACAAUUUCCACGUUAGCGUUUUUUUGUUGUUAUUAUUUCGACGUUUAUUGAUUCCAUGUAACUCCAAAUAUGACUAAUUUAGCGGCACGGCAUCACAUACUUUUCCCAGGUAGUGUUUAGUUCGUGUUGGAGACAGGACUUGGUUGAUAGAUGGUAUCUUGGUAAUGCUAUCUAGCUGCUAACGUUAGCUAACAAUGGCUAACUGUAUGGUUUUUCACACUCAAAUAACUUCCAUCAUGGAGGUUCUAGCGAAUGCAGCGGUGGCAGAGAUCUGUAAACUCGUAGACGACGACUAUGCAGUGUUUCGUUUGGAAAUGUCUCAAAGCCAGAAAGAAAACACGGCAUUGCGGAGGAAACUACAGCUACUAGAACUGAAGGUGGCACGGGAGCGCGUCCUCGGCAGUCGUCCUAGUAGUGUCAAGAUCCUCGACCGAAGCAGAGGAAUGGCAAGAGGACAUCUCACUGGAGGCCACAGCAGCUUCGUUAAGCCAGCGGGACGCAAUAGAUGGAGAGAUGACCAAUCAAUCACUGUUGAUGAGGAGAGUGGAACCUUAACCAAGGAUGUUAUCGUGAUAGAGUCUGCAGAUGCAGAGGCUGCAGGUCCUAGAGUCAAGCUGGAGAAGGCUGAGGAGGACCCACGGCUCAGCAGAAACAUUCAGACUGGAGCGGUUGGAGUGUCUCCUAUAGCUACGGAGGACUCCACCACCGCCCCAGCACCGCCUAGGACCCAACCCAGCAUCACGGAGGUCAGUGGAAUGCCGAACGCCGUCCUCAAGUCAGAGACAGACAAGGAGACUUUAACUGUAACACACAGGCUCUUACAUACAAGAUCUGACCACGGAUCAGACUCAGAAAGGCUGGGGCCACUGGGCUGUCCUCCUGCUCCCGGCCUAGAGUACUUUCCGGUAUUUCACCAGAGCCAGGUUCAUUCCCGUGGUGAUGGUGACACGUUAGACACUGGUGGUGAUGAUCCGUCUUGUUCUUACUCUACAGAGAUGGACCCUGGCAACAUGCUCUUGUCUUUAGAGACACAGACUGAUCUGUCUAGUGGGGACUGGAACCAGUAUAGUAGUAGUGUAUACUCUGAAGGGUGCCUAGAUAAGAAAGGGGAGGUUAUAGUCGUAGAUGAAGUGGAUGGAGAUGUUCCUCUGACAUGGAAUGCAGACCAGACUCAAUUAGGAGAAGGACACUCACAAGGCAGAGAUUUCAUAGAUUAUAAGGAAAGCGUAGAGACUAAUCCAAAUGUCGCCACGCACUCCCCUUUACACGCGUUCAGGGAUCGCGAUACAAUGUCCACAUCAAUGGGGUCUUCGGAUUCCCACAGACGCGUCCUUUUCGAUCAGGUAUUAAACUCAAAGGACCAAAGGGCCAUGGCUCAGGGAGGGGGAGCAACAUCAGGCAGUAGUAAAGAGAAACGGUUUCUCUGCAUGUUCUGUAACAAAGGCUUCAGCUGUUCCCAGAAGGUGGAGAUCCACCAGAGGGUCCACACAGGGGUGAAACCCUUCAGCUGUACCCAGUGUCACAUGAGCUUUGCCCAGGCUGGCAACCUAAAGAUCCACCAGAGGGUCCACACAGGGGUGAAACCCUUCAGCUGUACCCAGUGUCAUAUGCACUUCUCUCAUUCGUCCAGCCUGAAGAGGCACCAGAGGAUCCACGCAGGAGAGAAAUCCUUCAGCUGCCCCCCAGUGUGAAAAUGUGUUUUCCCACCAGAACCAGCUGAAGAAGGACCUGAAGGUCCACACGGGAGAAAGGCUGUUCGUGUGUACACACUGCGGGAAGAGGUUCAUAGAGGAGCUACCUCAGUAUACACCAGCUGAAAAACCAUUCCACUCUAUACCUGAAACCCUACAUUAAAGUCAAAGAUUCAUUUUAAUUUCAUUGUCAGCGGGAAGGUCCACAGAUGCCUUUGUAAUAACAAAAGUAACACAUUUCAGUGAUGAAUAUUCCUGGGUACAAUAUUGCAUUCAGCCAUUGUCUGAUAUAUACGGCAUAUAUAAACAUAUACAGUACCAAUCAAAAGUUUGGACACACCAACUCAUUCAAGACUUUUUAUUUAUUUUUACUAUUCUCUACAUUAUUUGAACAAUAGUGAAGACAUCAAAACUAUGAAAUAACACAUGGAAUCAUGUAGUAACCAAAAAACAAAUCAAACCAUAUGAGAUUCUUCAAAGUAGCCACCCUUUGCCUUGACAGCUUUGCACACUCUUGGCAUUCUCUCAACCAGCUCCAUGAGGAAUGCUUUUCCAACAGUCUUGAAGGAGUUCCCACAUAUGCUGAGCACUUGUUGGCUGCUAUUCAUUCACUCUGCGGUCCAACUCAUCCCAAACCAUCUCAAUUGGGUUGAGGUUGGGUGAUUGUGGAGGCCAGGUCAUCUGACACAGCACUCAUCACUCUCAUUCUUAGUCAAAUAGCCCUUACACAGCCUGGAGGUGUGUUUUGGGUCGUUGUCCCAUUGAAAAAUAAAUGAUAGUCCCACCAAGCCCAAACCAAAUGGGAUGGCAUAUCGCUGCACAAUGCUGUGGUAGCCAUGCUGGUUAAGUGUGCCUUGAAUUCUAAAUAAAUCAUUGACAGUGUCACCAGCAAAGCACCAUCACACCACCUCUUCCAUUUUUCACGGUGGGAACCACACAUGCGGAGAUCAUCCGUUCACCUACUCUGGGUCUCACAAAGACGCGGCAGUUGGAACCAAAAAUCUCAAAUUUGGUCUCAGACCAAAGGACAGAUUUACACCGGUUUAAUGUCCAUUACUCAUGUUUCUUCGUCUUAUUGGUGUCCUAUUAGUAGUGGUUUCUUUGUAGCAAUUAGACCAUGAAGGGCUGAUUCAUGCAGUCUCCUCUGAACAGUUGUUGAGAUGUAUCUGUUACUUGAACUCUGAAGCAUUUAUUUAGGCUGCAAUCUGAGGUGCAGUUAAGUCUAAUGAACUUCUCCUCUGCAGCAGAGGUAACUCUGGGUCCCAAUGAGAGACAGUUUUAUCAUAGUGCUUGAUGGUUUUUGCGACUGCACUUGAAAGAAACUUUCUUAAUAUUUUCCAGCACUUGAAGAAAAAGUUAUUGAAAUUUUCCAGAUCAACUAAUCUUCGUCUUUCAAGUAAUGAUGGACUGUCAUUUCUCUUUGCUUAUUUGAGCUGUUCUUGCCAUAAUAUAUCUAAAAAAAUGUUUUACCAAAUAUACCCUCCCCUACCUUGUCACAACAACUGAAUGGCUUAAAUGCAUUAAAGAAAUAAAUUCCACAAAUUAACUUUUAAGAAGGCACACCUGUUAAUUGAAAUGCAUUCCAGGUGACUACCCCAUGGAGCUGGUUGAGAGAAUGCCAAAAGUGUGCAAAGCUGUCAAGGCAAAGGGUGGCUACUUUGAAGAAUGUAAAAUAUAAAAUAUAUUUUGAUAUGUUAAACACUUCAUUUAAGAUGAGAUUCAUUUAUGAUACUCUGAAGAGGUAGGGUUUCAGACAUUUUCAGAAGAUGGGCAGGGACUCUGCUGUUCUAGCUUCAGGGGGAAGCUGGUUCCAUCAUUGGGGUGCCAGGACAGAAAUUAGUUUUGAUUGGACUGAUCGGGAGCUGAUCCCUCGUAGGUGUGGGACGGCCUAGAGAUAAGAUGUGGCAGAACAGAGUGGUCAGGUUGGGAUGUAAGGUUUGAGCAGUUCCCCUUGCUGCUCCGUAGGCAAGCACCAUAGUCUUAGUGGAUGCGAGUUUUGACAGGAUGCCACUGGAGGAGCAGGGUGACAUGGGAGAACUUGGGAAGGUUGAACACAGGCAGGCUACAGUGUUCUGGAUAAAUAGCAGGGGUUUGAUAGAUCCCAGCCAAAAGAGUUGCAGUAGUCUAGACGGGAGAUGACAAGAGCCUGGAUUAGGACCUGCACCGUGUGAGGAAGGGUCGUACUCUACGGAUGUUGUAGAGCAUGAACCCGCGAGGAGCGAGUCACUGCUUUGCAGAGAAUGACAGAGUGUUGUCCAUUGUCACACCAAGGUUCUUUGCACUCUAGGAGGACACUGUGGUGUUGUCAACCGUGAUGGAGAGGUCUUGGAGCGGGCAGGCCUUCCUCAGCUCCUUCUUGUUGAGCUUGAGGUGCUGCGCCGACAUUAAGCUGAGAUGUCUCUCUGUGUGCCUGGCAGACAUGCAUUUGUAGUUUUCAUAUUGUGCAUUUAACACUUAUGUUUAAUAAAGACAAAAUGGGACUUUUCA